AUGCCCAAACCGCAGACAGAGGCAGAUAAAAUCAAGCGUCUCGAAACAGCUCUAUGCACUUGGAUAUUGCAAACGUCGAGGGCGCACGGCGACCUGCCCAUCACAUACUCGGACGUGCACUCCAUGAUCGUUCGCUUCAAGACGGACCUGAAAAUUAAGGAAGGAUUUUAUUUCAAUAGAGAAUGGAUAAAUAAUUUCAGACGACGUCACAACCUGUUCCUCGUACCUUCGGUCAGACAGCAAUACGUUUCGCGAAAGACGAACAACGCCAUUCAGCAAUUCAACUCUCGUGUAUAUCAUACGAUGCGGUUUAGCAAGCCGACGUUGUCUGUACCGCAAGUUUAUAUUCUGGACGAAGCCGGCUUGUAUUGGCGACUACGGUCGCCCAAGUCGAAGGACCCCGACUUGCUCACGUUUCUCACUUGCACCAAUGUCACCGGACAUCAUAAACUACCGCUACUCGUCGUCGGAAAGACUAAGGACCCCGUCGAUUUUAGAAAUGCGGAGAUGCCGAUUCAUUACGAUUCCCAGAUAAAUGGAUGGAUAAACAGAAUAAUAUUUAAGGAGUGGUUCUACGAAUGCUUCGCUCCUGCGGUUUUAGAUGAGGACACGGAUGGAGCCCUCCUGCUAGUCGAUUCGGCCACUUGUCACCCUCCGCCCGGUGAUCUGGCGAUGCCCCAUGAAAAGAUAAAAGUGCUGUACGUACCCCCGGGACACAAACAGGAACAAAGAUCCAAAUUCAUACACGACAUGAUAAAGAAAAACUACAAAGAUAAAUUAUUAUCUACGGCUAUAGAAAAAGACAACCCGGAUUACUUGACAAAUAUUACUCUUAAGGAGAUGGCGUACCUACUGGCCGAUUGCUGGAAGUCAAUACCGGUGGACGAGAUUCGUUCGUGGUGGGACACUUUCACGGAGUCACCGCCUGCAAAGGAAGAUACCGAUUCAGCUAACAGCGAUAAUGCUGUAGACAAUAUUUUUAUAAAAAAUGAACUCAUCGAUAUCAAUCCAUAUGUGCAAUUGAAAUUUGAUAAUGAAAAAAUUAAGACAUGGUAUUAUGGAAUGGGGGAACACAAAAAUGGAACGCAUUUAAUGAACAUCGAUGAAAUACUGGCUACUUCGGAAACUAUCGACGAAGAAGGAAAAUGUGAAGACAUUCUUGACACGGAUAGUGACAUUUCUACAGCUGAGGUGUGUGACGCCAUCGACGUUACCAUUCGAUGGGCGCAGAGUGUAGGCUAUGGCAAUGAGCAGAUUGAAAUGCUACAGAACAUGAGGCAGCGAGCGUGUGAACCACCAGCGAAGCGGAUCAAAUGCCAAAGUACCAGUUCCGUUCCAAGUACCAGUAAGAUACAUUAUGAAGUCGUACAACACGAGGAGCCGUUAGUGAAUACCGAAUACGGCGAUACAGAAAUCAUGGAAACAGUUAAAAUAGAAGUUACUAGUGAUGAUGAUGAUGAUGAUGAUGACAGCGAAUUUAUCUCACCCGACUAA